AUGCCUCGACGAGCCCCACUCGAAGACGAUGCUGAAGACUUCACCACAGAGCUUGAUGCUGUUGAAGACACUGGUUCUGGAUCUGACGGCAAUUCAGAACAAGAUGGCACAUCCGAUGCAGGGAGCGACACGGGGACUGCGAUGAGGAUAAUGACGGUCCCUCAACCAGAUGCACCUAUGCAUGAGGUCCACAAGGCACUCGAAAUCGCCCAGCAAGCAUAUAAUGCAGUGCGGUUUGAGCUACGUGUUCUCAAGAAAGAUUAUGCAGCGCUCCGGGCUGCCAUGCCUGCGUGCAGCCAUAACAAAGUCUUCAAGAAGACUUCAGCUCUUGACAGCCAAAUCACACGUGCAGGCAAGAAGUAUGCGAUGUUCCACUAUUUCUGGGUCAUGAAUGGGUUCUUCCCAACAACUCCCCAGCCGAACAUUGACCCACGCAGCGAUACACGUUGGGCCUCACCCAAGGCGAAGCUCAAUGGUGCUAUGGCUGAGCUUUAUCACUGUGUACCCAAGUCAUUACACAAAUCGAUGGAAACUUACUCACAGUUCGGAUCCCUGUUUCGCGCUGCAGUCAGCUCCGAAAGGUCAAACAUACUACAUAGCCUCAAGGACUGCGCAGGCUUAAUUUUCUCCAGUCUGAAGCUUGAUCCGACUGUAUUCACUGCUGGGCCUGCUGAAAAGAAAGAGAAUGAGCUGCUCCUUGCUCUUCUAAAGCAGCAUGGUGAGGACGGGUAUACACGUCUGGCCCCCAUCCUGUUCACAAAUCCAUCUGCAAUGGUUCCCGAUGACUUCCUCAAAACGCCCAUCAUGGUCAAAAUUAUCCGUGUUGAGAUAUUCGGGAAGGCUUCACUCUCUGGGAAAACAAAGGGACAUCCAAAGGCUAGGGGUCAGCGUUGGGACACGCAGUGUGUAACGGAGGGUCUUAUUGCCGGUGCUGCUAUUAUGGCACGUUUUUUAUUGACACAUGACCAGGAGCUCACGGCGACUGGAUCAGCCACAAAGAUCGGAUAUGGUCAAGACUAUGACUUUUACCUAGAACAUCUGUUCAAGCGCAGCUCGUGGGCCAUCAGCGUGAUGGAUUACUACAACAGGGAAGUUUUCGGCACAAGCUCAGUUUCGGCGAGUCCUUCAGCCCCAUCAUCUACCUCUCAACCUCGCACCUGGGAAGACAAUUUUUUACGGCAGUUAGAAGCUCCUGCUCCUGCUCCUCCUGCUUCCACUCCUGCUCCUGCUCCUGCUCCUCCUGCUCCUGCUCCUCCUGCCCCUGCUCCUGCAUCCAUGCCUUCAGCUCAUGUUACCACACCCACAGGUCAUACUAACGUUGUCUCCAACCAUCAGACUAUUAUGUCUAUUAGCCAGGGAGGGACCGCCUCCGCCACGGCUCAACUUCAAGUCGACAUUGGCCAGUUGUCAUUGGAAAAUGACACUGAGCCAUCUGCAUUGAAUGGUCGCAGAUUACCUGCUGCUUGA